AUGUUGUCUUUAUCAAGAACGAGACUUUCGAAAGCGUCGAUAAUUUCUCGAUCGUUGACAAGAGGUUAUGUGGCUGCAUCUCAGACCCAUCGAGCGAGCGAAGCGACCAAUUUCGGUCAACAUAAAGGUUAUCCUGUAAUCGAUCAUGAAUUCGAUGCUGUAGUAGUCGGUGCUGGUGGUGCUGGAUUAAGAGCAGCUUUCGGUUUAGCCGAAGGAGGUUUGAAGACUGCUUGUAUCACUAAACUUUUCCCCACUCGGUCGCACACCGUUGCCGCUCAAGGUGGUGUUAACGCUGCUUUGGGAAAUAUGACUGAAGAUGAUUGGAGAUGGCACAUGUACGACACCGUAAAAGGUUCUGAUUGGUUAGGUGAUCAAGAUGCUAUUCACUACAUGACCAGAGAAGCUCCCAACACAGUCAUUGAACUCGAACAUUACGGUGUACCUUUCUCGCGAACAAAAGAAGGAAAGAUCUAUCAAAGAGCAUUUGGUGGACAAUCUUUACAAUAUGGUAAAGGUGGACAAGCCUAUCGAUGUGCAGCAGCUGCCGAUCGAACUGGACAUGCCAUCUUGCACACACUAUACGGUCAAUCAUUAAGACACAACACCAAUUUCUUCAUCGAAUAUUUCGCUCUUGACCUCUUGAUGCAAGAUGGUGAAUGUGUCGGUGUCAUCGCAUUGAACAUGGAAGAUGGUACAUUACACAGAUUUAGAUCACACAAAACAGUCUUGGCAACAGGUGGUUAUGGACGUGCAUAUUUCUCAUGUACUUCAGCACAUACCUGUUCAGGUGAUGGAAACGCAAUGGUCGUCAGAGCAGGUUUACCUCUUCAAGAUUUAGAAUUCGUGCAAUUCCAUCCUACUGGUAUUUACGGCGCAGGUUGUCUGAUCACUGAAGGUUCUCGAGGUGAAGGUGGUUACUUGCUCAACUCUGAAGGUGAAAGGUUCAUGGAAAGAUAUGCACCUACAGCUAAAGAUUUGGCGUCCCGAGAUGUCGUUUCGAGAUCUAUGACAUUAGAGAUCCGAGAAGGACGGGGUGUCGGACCUGAAAAAGAUCAUAUCUUCCUCCAAUUAUCACAUCUACCAGCUGAGAUCUUACACGAACGAUUACCUGGUAUCUCUGAAACAGCCGCCAUUUUCGCCGGUGUAGAUGUCACCAAAGAACCUAUCCCCGUUUUACCUACCGUCCACUACAACAUGGGUGGUAUCCCAACCAAGUACACUGGAGAAGUAAUUACCGUUGAUAAAGAUGGAAAAGAUCAAGUCGUUCCAGGUCUUUACGCAGCAGGAGAAGCUGCAUGUGUAUCGGUACACGGUGCCAAUCGAUUAGGUGCCAAUUCAUUAUUGGAUAUCGUAGUCUUUGGUCGAGCAUGUGCCAAUCACAUCAAAGAGAAUUUGGCUCCCAACACACCUCAUAAACCAUUCAAAGAUGAUUUGGGUAAAGAAUCCAUUGCAAAUCUCGAUAAAAUCAGAAAUUCUUCAGGUCCCAUGUCAACUGCUCAAGUUAGAUUAAACAUGCAAAAAACAAUGCAAACUGAUGCUGCUGUGUUCAGAACUCAAGAAUCACUCGAUCAAGGUGUAGAGAAGAUGACUGAAGUAUAUGGCCAAUACGAUAAAGUCGGUAUCAAAGAUCGAAGUAUGAUCUGGAAUUCAGAUUUGAUUGAAACUCUUGAACUUCGAAACAUCCAACAAAACGCCAUUCAAACUGUCGUUUCAGCCGCUGCAAGAAAAGAAUCAAGGGGUGCUCAUGCCAGAGAAGAUUUCCCAGAUCGAGAUGAUGAUAAAUGGAUGAAACACACUUUAUCAUUCCAACAUGAUCCUGAAUCAGCUAAAGUUGACCUAUCUUAUCGAAAAGUAAUCAGUCAUACUCUUGACGAGGCUGAAUGUAAAGCAGUCCCUCCAUUCAAGCGAACUUAUUAA